GGGGCUCCAACCUUGGUCCGGAAACUACUUCCCAAACAACUUGAUUCUUCAAAAACCAUAUACGGAGUACUAUUAAAAUACUGAAUUUCUCCCAAAUUCCUAAUCUAUAGAUUUCUCGUUCCUUUUUCUCCGUUUCUGCAAAAUUAGGGUUUCUCUAUCUUUGCAAAUCUAGGGUUACACUAUCAACCCGACCAUCAAAGGUUUCGCUGUAUAUUUUCCGUAAUCUAAUUUGGUUUUGGUGAAAUCCCUAUCAAGGUUUCGUCAAUGGCGGAGCACUUAGCUUCGAUCUUCGGCACCGAAAAGGAUCGCGUGAACUGCCCCUUCUAUUUCAAGAUCGGAGCUUGUCGCCAUGGCGAUCGAUGCUCUCGUCUCCACAAUCGCCCCACCAUCUCUCCGACUCUGCUCCUCUCCAACAUGUACCAGCGUCCCGACAUGAUCACUCCCGGCGUCGACCCUCAAGGCCAACCCAUUGACCCCAGGAAGAUUCAAGAACACUUUGAAGACUUCUACGAGGACAUCUUCGAAGAACUCGGAAAGUUCGGCGAGAUCGAGAAUCUCAAUAUCUGUGACAACCUCGCUGACCACAUGAUCGGCAAUGUCUAUGUACAGUUCAAGGAGGAAGAUCAGGCUGCUGCAGCUUUGCAGGCUUUGCAAGGCCGGUUCUACUCCGGACGACCCAUCAUUGCUGAUUUCUCGCCCGUCACGGAUUUCCGCGAAGCCACCUGCCGUCAGUAUGAGGAGGACAACUGCAACCGUGGUGGGUACUGUAAUUUUAUGCACGUGAAGCUGAUUGGGAGGGAUUUGAGGAGGAAGCUCUUCGGGAGGUACCGCCGCAGCUUUAGGGGAAGCCGAAGCCGGAGCAGGAGCAGGAGUGUGAGUCCUGCACACCACCGGAAGGAUUACGACAGGCGUGGUGGUGGUGGAGGUGGAGAGUAUCGGGACCGUAUGGAAUUUUACCGUGGCGGUGGUGGUGGUGGUGGCGGCGGCGGACGCCGGAGUGGGGACAGGCAUGGGAGGUAUGACAAUGAUGGCGGUGGUCGGAGGAGACAGGGGAGUCCGAGGCGGAACAGAAGUCCAAUAAGGGAAGGUAGUGAGGAGCGCAGAGCCAGGAUUGAGCAGUGGAACCGUGAGAGGGAGGAGAGGCUGUGAUGUGAUGUGACUUUUUUUAUUUAUUGUUCUUGUCCCUCGACCAGGAGUGGAGCUGGCUUUGGCAUUUUUCUCUUGUUGGUAAUCAUUCUAAGCUCAGAUGCUAUAUUUAUGCUUCUUGAAACUGUAGAAUGGUGUUUAUUUCUUUGGAUUAUGGGUUUCAGCUGGCGCCAGCUUCCUUGUGUUGAUAAGGUUAGGAGUUUAGAACUGGGGAUUAGUUUUCAGUCCAUGCUAAAAGAGCUCAAGUUGCCACGUUCCUGCAAUUAUGUAGUGUGUGUAUGUGGUUUUUUUUUUUUUAUUGUUUUCUACCUUAUGUCUGUAUGUGCCCUUUUUCCUUUUUUCCCUAAAGGUGUGUGCUUAUGUGGAAAACUUCUUUCUAUUGUUUUCUUUUAAGCUUUCUA